GAAUUCACAAUUCUUUAUCAAUUACUUGUUUGGUUUCGUUUCGAAUACUUGUGUCCCGUCAGAUCGCAUAUAAGGUAACUUUCGUCUUCGCAUAGCCAGAGACAUCCUCCAGGCUUUGGUGCUGCCCCCCAUCGCCCUCUCUUUCUACACCCAAUGGACACAUAUUCGCCUCGGCUACUGGUCUUUGCCAGCUUAUGUUCUCUCUAUAGUCCUGGCCGCAGUUGCAAGAGUACAGUACUCUGAUUUCGCACAGGCGCGUGAGGCCAGGCGCCUUGGUGCGCGUCCAAUACCCCGCGUCGUUGGUAAAUGGCCAGGAAAUAUCGACGUCAUGCUUAGAUUCAAGAAGGGCUUCAAGAAAGGCUACAUAUACGAACCUUAUCUCCAGUUGUUCGAAGAAUACCAAUGCACCACUCUCAACACCCGCUUUCUAUGGACUGAUAAUAUUAUCAGCAUGGACCAAGAACAUUCUAAAUACGUCCUUUCAACCGGCUUCAGUCAUUUUUGGAGAGGUACCGCCCAAAAAGAGAGAUUAGAGAAUUUCUUGGGUGAUGGAAUCUUUAAUCGUGAUGAAGAGCAAUGGAGAAUGCAUCGAGCCAUGGCUCGCCCAUUUUUCGCCCGUGAUCGCAUCUCAGACUUUGAGCUCUUUGAGAAACACACACAUCACACGCUGGCCAUCCUGUCAAACAUCGCUUCUUCUGGAAGACCUUGUGAUGUUCAGGACCUCUAUGCCAGAUUCACUAUAGACGCAUCCUCCGAGUUCCUCUUCGGCCAGAAUCUCAAUACGCUUUGCGGGAAACUCCCGGUGCCCGGAUGCGAAGAUAUGAGUGCCAAGGGAACCGCAACAAAUGAUUCUUGGGGAUCCUUUGUCCAAGCUUUUGAGGCUGUUCAGCAAAUCGUCACGCUGCGGGGACGCACAGGGAACAUCUGGCCUCUUUUCGAGUUAUUUGAGGACAAGACAGCUCCCUAUGUCAAAGCCAUCAAUCAAUGGAUCGACCCGCUUGUCCAGAACACGCUGUCUCACAAGGCGGCCAUGCAGAAGGCCGGUGUACAGAGUAAUUUGCAAGAUAAAACCUUUUUACAGCAUCUGGCUGACAGCACUGAAGACGCUGGUGUUAUUCGUGAUCAGCUGCUGAAUAUAUUACUGGCGGCGCGAGAUACGACGGCCUGCUUAUUAACUUACGUGACCUAUUUCAUGGCUGUGUAUCCGGACGUCACCAGAAAGCUGCGCCAGGAGGUUUUGGACAACUGCGGCCAGGAGGCACCCACUUACGAAAAUAUUAAACGACUGAGGUACAUGAAGGCCGUCAUUGAUGAGACGCUCAGGCUGUACCCCCCAGUCCCUAUCAACCAACGCCAAAGCAGACCCACGUCAUGUACGCUUCCGUCGCCCGACCCUACAUACCCCUCGGAGUCCCGCCAGCCACUGUACAUGCCAAAAACGACAACCUUCUUCUAUUCGACGCUUCUGAUGCAGCGGAACAAGACCCUGUGGGGCCCUGAUGCGGAUGAGUUCGAUCCGGAGAGGUGGAUUGACCCUGAGAAACUCUCGAAGUUUACGGCGAAUCCUAUGAUGUAUGCACCUUUUAGCGCUGGUCCGCGUAUUUGUAUCGGCCAGAACUACGCUUUUAACGAGGCUAUGUUUUUUCUCGUGAGGCUUUUACAACGUUUCGACACCUUUACGCUUGCGACGGACGCCCAGCCCAAGAGUUCACUCCCGCCAUCUGAGUGGAAAUGCGGGACUGGGCGAAAGGCUGUUGAGAUGAUUCGCCCAGAGGCAGCAAUGACACUGUUCAUUAGUGGCGGCUUGUGGGUACGGCUAGGUCGAUCGAGCUCUUCUAUGUGAGAUGUGGUUUUCGUGAUCGCACUACUGUUCUUUUUAUGGACUUCCGGCGAAAGAAACGAAGCGGUAUCCUUGGGUUUAUGAUGGGAUGCGCAGGGCUGACCGGACAUGGGAUUUGCAAGGCCUCGACGGACAUUGCAUUAGCAUUUUCUUAUUUAUUCCUCCGUUAUUUUCAGGAUAGAAGACAUCACUUGAAUAUACCCGAUAACCCCUUGUGACUGUCGCUGUACAUAACUAGCUUGUAUUUGUAGUGGGCAACA